AUGGCCGGCCCGACGGCGACGGCUCCGGUUCUGACCUGGUCGCCGUUGCUUUUUCCACCGUGGAACACGGCCCUUCUGCCGGCUGCUUUCUAUCCCGUCGCGGCUCUGCGAUCGUUACCUGGGUUUCUCGACAGCAUGAAGCUGCCGCAAUCCCAACGCACCGCCGGAACCGGUGCCGGUUUUCGCAUCUGCAACCUGCUCGAGCUGGAUAGCGACAAAAAGCAGCACGGGAAAAAGCGAAAAAGCUCCUACCCACUUGAGGACACCGUCGCCCUCCAGCGUUCCCGUGAUCAAGACGCGGACGAAGCAGACGAUGAGGACGAUUCCGGGACGGCCUGUCCCGAUGGAUCCUUAACGCGACGAAGUGGCACAACGCUCUCGCAGGAGGACACAAGUAGCAACCCGGAUCUGCACGCGUGCAGUGCUGCCAACAGUGACGAUGACAGCCGGCCCGAUGGUAGGGGAGCACGAGGAGAUAUCGCAAGUCGGAGUCAGGACGAUCGAACCAGCCCGUCUGCCGCCAGUGGUGACGAAGGCACCAAACCGGCGCUUGGUUUAAGGACAUCAACAUUGGCGGAAGAUUUGCACGCCCGAUUCGGGUAUCCUGCGUUGCAUCCGCACCUGCCCCAUCAGCAUCCUAGUCAGCAUCUUGCCCACCAGCAGCAUCAGCUUCAUCAUCAUCAUCAUCACCAUCAGCAUGCGGCACAUCUGCAUCAUCCGCAUCAUCAUCCUUCGUUGGCAACGACACCACCGAGUCAUCACAAUCCGCACGCCCUUUUCGGUGGUAGUGGGCGAUCCUGGCCGUAUGAUAGCUGCAAUACCUUAACUGCAUGCCAUCAGCAGGCGGCCCAGCAAGCCCACCAGCGUUUGUUCGCCCAGCAGGUCAGCCCAGCGGACAGUACUUCGCCGGUGCACUCGGAGCGGUCCUACAUCGGCAGCUCGAGCCUACCAAGUCUGGCAGCGACCGGAUCGACCGGUGGCCCUGGGGAUCUCUCCUCCAGCCACCUGGCCGCGGUACGUUCCGGUUCCGGUAUGCGAACACCGAGCCCUUCCGAUUCGGAACGAGGAGAUCCACACCACAUGCACGGUGACGCACACACGGAAAACUCGGACGACGUCGACAUCGAGGAGGGAUGUGAUGACGAACUGAUCGAUAUGAUCGAGGACACGGAUGAUGGCGGAUUGACGACGGAUCGAGGCCUUCCGACGGGUGGAAUGGGCCACAAAAAGCGCAAACGGCGUGUCCUUUUCUCGAAAGCACAAACGUACGAACUCGAGCGGCGGUUUCGCCAACAGCGCUAUCUUUCGGCACCGGAACGGGAACAUUUGGCCUCUCUGAUCCGUCUCACGCCAACGCAGGUGAAGAUUUGGUUCCAGAACCAUCGCUACAAAACGAAACGGGCCGCGCAUGAGAAGGGCGCACUCGAUCAUCAUGGCGGCCAUGGACCCGGUGGAGCUGGAGCAGGUGGUUUACCUUCACCGAGACGAGUCGCUGUACCGGUGUUGGUGCGUGAUGGAAAACCCUGUCUCGGUGGAGGCAAACAACCGCACGAGCUGUUGACGGGAGUUCCGGCUGCUGCUCAUCUGCAGUUGCCGCCAGGGUUUCAGCACGCGAGCCUUCUGCAUCAUGCGGCUGCGGCAGCCGGGCGUUGGUGGUCGUAG